ACACAGCCGCAGGUUUCUUGAUCCGGUAGGCUGCACGGACCGUGCUGCGCCCGCCCCGCCCACUCCUCCCUUGUCCCCUACCUCCCUCAGUUGCGACGCCGCCGGCCGGCCUGAUCUCCCAUCGUCCGUUGCGCUUAUACUGCCUGCGUUCUCUCCCGCCCGGGCCAUGACUCCGUGACGCGAUCCCAUUUGGUGGCAUGAUGACUUCUCGCGUUCCGUGAGGGGUCGCCGGCGGGAGGAACCGCGAGCGCGCGUUCGGUUGGUUCGGCGGCGACGAGAUGGUGCAGGAGCCGAGCAACAGCAGCAACCACCACCUGCACCAGCAGCUGGCCAAGUACGGCGGCGGCAACGGCAACGGCAACGGCAACGGCAACGGCGCGGCCACCGGCGUGGCGCGGGCGUCGAGGAAGAACAAGCCCAAGAAGAUCCCGCAGCGCGGCCUCGGCGUGGCGCAGCUCGAGAAGCUCCGCAUCGAGGAGCAGAAGAAGAUGGGGGGAGGGCCGUCCGCGGCCACGCCGUCGUCGCACGCGCUCAACGGCAGGGCCCUCUGUCACCUCCCCGCGCCCACGCUGCACCAUCAUCCGCCGCCGCCGCCGCCACCCCCGCUGAGCGCCCUGUCGAGGCCGGCCGCCGCGGAGCACUGCGGCUUCCCGCCGGCGCUCUGGAGCCCGGCAGAUCCGGCGAAGAACCCGUACAAGAGAAGCCUGUGCCCACAACCAUCACUCCCAAAUCCAAUGGUGAGCACCGGCCUGUCCCUUACGGCGCCGUCGAGCCACCCAACGGAGCCCCCUUCAAACCAAAUGUACAGCAGCGGCAGCAGGAGGAGCAGCGCGGCGGCGCCGGCGCCGACACUGACGGAGGAUGAGAGGGAAACGGCCGGCGUGGAUAGGUCCUGGCCCUUCAUGUUCGAGGGGAUGACCCCGUUCACGACGACCAGCAAGGCCUUCGCCCCUCCUCCGUUGCCGUCGUUCGCCGUCAGGACGGCGAGCGAAACCGGGCUGGCCGAUGUUACUCCUGACCUGAGCAGAUACGAGUUCAGAGCAACCAACUAUUUCAGCAGUGCAAGUGCGUACCCAAGUUGUUCAGACUGGACGCCGGAGUUCAGUCACUGCAAGGAUGCCGGCCGUAGCAGAGACGCUGGCUUGCUCACCCUGAGCUCCCGGCCUCCACACCUCAUGAGGCAGCCUCAUGUGGUGCCAUCAAUGCACAUCCCGCAGUACAGCGACUUCAGUGCCAACGCCAGUGCCAGCGCCAGUGCCAGCGCCAUGCCAUCCCAGCUCGGGAGCAUUUCAGGUUCGUCAUCAUCGUCGUCCCUGCCAUUCUACAACUUCUUCCCCAUCGGCCCAGUCCACCGGGAAAGAGCCCCAAGCGAGCGGAAGGCCGACACAUCGGAAGGGGGGAUCGACUUGGAGCUGAGGCUAUGGAAGGGCUGACCAAAUCUGCAAUGAACAUUAGGAAGUUGUGGAGAAGGGUAGAGACAAAUGUGUUCAAGUAGUAGCAUCAGAUGUAUCAAGAGAUGUUUUCUAGGACAUGUUUUCACUGCCAAUAAACCUUUCUGGUGACAUGGUUCAGUUUACUUGGCCACCAUGUUCAUUUCUGGCGAAGUGAGGCAGCGCAGUGUGCAUGAUGGAAGCAGGAGCUUUUAUGCAUGGUCCAGGCAAGCUGGUGUCAAAUGUAGUAGAAACUCAACAGAAAACUGUGAGAUGGGUAGAUGAUGCCGGCAGCGGAAAGGAGAGCAUGUGCAAGGAUGGGCAUCACUUCACAGCUAGCCUGUGGGGUCUCUCCUGUGCAGAUCUACCAAGUGCCACAAUGAAAUUUUCUCACACACAUGACAACCUAGAAAAUGCCACUCCAUAAUCUUCAUCCUAAGAGCAAAAUCCAGAUAAAAUAGGUUAAUCCCAAGCUUAUUUCUAGCAUGUAGCUCUCAGUAACCUCCGCAUAUGUUUAAUACCAGUACCGAAGAGAAGAGAACACACACAAACGGUACGCCCAGACGAGACCUUAAGAUAGAUUCAGGAUACACAAUGCACACCGUGGAUAUAUGAACACAACAAACACCUCGAACUCUAGACAGA